AAAACUUGCCAUUUGCCAAAAAAUUAUGACUUGAGGACUUGAGAUGUCGCUCUCUUAUUUUGUAAAUAUUUUGGUUUUGUAAAAAGCGAAAAUUAAGUAAAGUGUAGCAAAAGAAAAGCAUAAAACAAUGGAUCAGCCGCUUAGUUUGAAGCUAGCGUCUCUAUGCCUGAUAUCUCAGCACAAAUUACAGAAUAUCUUGUCUCAAUGUGGCGACAAGGUGGACUUGAUCAUCGAUCCUUCGCUUAUUAAGCCUUUGGAAAGGAUUUGUGGUGUUACCUGGCUUAGGCAACAUGGAGUUGAUAAAAUAUACAAAAUGGAUCCUCAACUUGGCGCAACAGCAAACACAGUCAGGGUUUACUUCAUACCAGCAUGUAUACAGAAAUACAAAUGUGUUCUGGACCAGAUCUCAUCAGUCCUCAGCCAUACCCCUUCCCUAGCCGAUGCUAAAUGCUUCAAUAUCAUUAUUGUACCCAAAGUAGUAAGCUCAUAUGACUCUAUAUUAGAAAAUAGGGGUCUAUAUGAUAUUGUAAAGUUGUAUGCUUUUGCUUGGGAACUAAUGCCCCUAGAUGACCAACUACUUAGCUUAGAACUACCUUUUUUAUAUAAGCAAUUAUUUGUUGAACAAAACCAUUCUUUAUUGUCAAGUAUUUCUAUGUCGUUAUGGAGUUUAUUCCACGUCACUGGUCAACCAAAAUGUAUAUUAUCAUUAGGAAAGUUAUCUGCUAGAGUCUUGGAUAUACUAGAAGUGUAUAAAGAGAGUUAUUCAAGAGAUUUCCUAAAUACUAACUCAUCCCAGGAUAUAGGAUCCUUGAUUAUAAUUGAUAGGGACCAAGAUUAUCCUUCAAGUUUACUAACUCCUGCAACAUAUAGUGGAUUACUGAGUGAAAUAUUUAACAUAACCUGUGGUCAACUAGAACUGAAUGUGAAAGAAACAAAACUAAAGAAAGGAAAACUCAAUUUAGUAACCAUGGAAGAAACACCAUCAAAAAAUACAUCUAUGAUGUUAGAUAGUUCUUUAGAUAAUCUGUAUGGAGAGAUAAAACAUAGACAUUUCUCUGAAGUCCUAAGCGUAUUGAGUUCCAAAGCAAAACUACUGAAAAACGAGGAUAUUAAAGCAUUAGGAAUACAAGAAAUGAAACAUUAUGUUGCAACAAAAUUGCAGCAAGUUACUUUAUUUAAACAGAAUUUAGUCAACCAUGUUAUGGCAAGUGAAACUAUUCUAUCAGAAAUGAACAAUAAGUUUGAAAACGUAACUUUUACUGAAAGUGAAAUGUUGAACAAUAGAAAUAAGAAAUCUAACUUUACUUAUAUAGAUGAGAACUUUGGCACGGAUAUACACAUGUACAACAGUUUACGUCUUAUGUGUUUAUUGAGUCUAACUCAAGGAUUAUCUUAUGAAGAAUACAAUUCUUUAGUUAAUAAGUAUUUGCUAGCAUUUGGUUACAAGUUUUUAUAUGUUUUCAACAACUUAGUAACCGCUGGUUUAUUAGUGCAACCGUCUAGUCCUAAACUGUCUUUAUCGAAUUUAGGUAACCUGAGUGAAAGAUUGCCCAAAUGGCAGAAUGAAUUUCAAACUACAGCUGGCAAAUUGAAACAACUACCUUCAAAAUCGGAUGAUGGGAAGUCACCAAGCUAUGUAUUCAACGGUGGUUAUGUCCCAUUGGUUGCAGUUUUAUGUAAUGCAUUGCUUACAUCCGAAUCUCUAUUGGAAGUUUUAUCAAAACUAUCAGCACUUAAUGAUUUAAAAGUUGGUGGUGCGGUAAUCGGACAAUUGAAAGAUGGUCUUGAAACUUUAGACGAAAAGUUAUCUAAUCUAAAUAUCAAUAGCAGUUUGGACUUUGGUUGUAAGAAUGCAAAGUCGUUGUUAAAAUCAAUGAAGAGUGAUAAUAAAGUGAGUGGGUUUUCUGUAAAGCCGAGGACUAUUCUGGUUUUCAUGAUUGGUGGAGUUACUUAUGCUGAGGUAGCUGCGUGUGACGUCAUACAAACUGCGACGGGCAGUAAGAUUAUUAUAGCUAGCGACUGUGUUGCGAGUGGUAGUGAUUUGAUGAUUGCUAAUACUUGAAAAUGUGUGAACAGAUUGUAUUAAAAACUAAGAUUCUCAUUAUUUAUAAUAAUUUAUAUCUACUAAGUCAAAUUUUAUUAAAAAUUACUUUUAU